UGUCCCGUUUAACCUGAAGCCAACGCGCCUCCGAGGGACAUGCGGAGAGGCGUUCUGACCUCCGCUGCAUCCCGCCUGGUCCGCUGGUUGGAAGUGUAGCCGCCGUGUCCCGAGGAGGAUGCCGAACAGAUACUGGAUCUGUGUGCGUGCAUGAAGAAGUAUCCAGGUGCAACUCACCGCCUCUGGCAGUCAUGAGGAAUAGAGGGCUGAAGACGCAGUCCUGAAGAUUGAUGGAGGGCCAUGCUAUUCAAACAGCAGGCAUUGCUGAGACAGAAGCUCUUCGUUCUGGGCAGCCUUGCUAUCGGAAGUGUCCUCUAUCUCGUGGCCAGGGUUGGGACCUUGGAUAGGCUACAGCCCAUUUGCCCCGUCGAGAGCCGACUGCCCCCUCCGGAUCCCGGGCAAAUCCCUCUCCGCACCCUGCAGUUUAAGCGCGGCCUGCUCCAUGAACUGCGCAAGGGCAAUGCCACCAAAGAGCAAAUCCGCCUGCACAACCUGGUCCAGCAGCUGCCGCGGGCCAUCAUCAUCGGGGUGCGCAAGGGGGGCACCCGCGCCCUGUUGGAGAUGCUCAACCUGCAUCCGGCGGUGGUCAAGGCCUCGCAGGAGAUCCACUUUUUCGACAAUGACCAAAACUACGCCCGGGGCAUCGACUGGUACCGGGAGAAAAUGCCCUUCUCCUUCCCCCACCAGAUUACCAUUGAGAAGAGCCCCGCCUACUUCAUCACGGAGGAGGUCCCCGAACGCAUCUUCAAAAUGAACUCCUCCAUCAAGCUGCUGAUCAUCGUCCGCGAGCCCACCACCAGAGCGGUGUCGGACUACACGCAGGUGCUGGAGGGCAAGGAGCGCAAAAACAAGACCUACCACAAGUUCGAGAAGCUGGCCGUGGACUCCGGCACCUGCGAGGUGAACACAAAGUAUAAAGCGGUGCGGACGAGCAUCUACACCAAACACUUGGAGCGCUGGCUGAAGUACUUCCCCGUGGAGCAGUUCCACAUCGUGGACGGGGACCGCCUCAUCACGGACCCGCUGCCGGAGCUGCAGCUCGUCGAGCGCUUCCUCAACCUGCCCUCGAGAAUCAGCCAGUACAACCUGUACUUCAACGCCACAAGGGGGUUUUACUGCCUGCGAUUUAACAUUGUCUUCAACAAGUGCCUGGCGGGCAGCAAGGGCCGCAUCCAUCCGGAGGUGGACCCGUCGGUGGUGACUAAACUGCAGAAGUUCUUCCACCCGUUCAAUCAGAAGUUCUACCAGAUCACUGGUAGAACAUUCAACUGGCCAUGACGAGCUCUGGACUCCUCCGCUGAGAUUCCUUGGCUGUUUUUUAGUUUUGUUUUUUAGAAAUGCCAACCUCUGAAAUCUCAAACAAAAAAAAAGAUCAAUAGCACUUUGAGUUUAAUACAGGAAUGACAGUGUGACCAAAUAUAAAAGGGACUUGAUGUGAGUUUGUUUCUACGUGAGUGAAAUUAAAACGAAAUAGUUUAAAGGUUUGACUAAAAGAUUCAGUUCACUUGAGGGAAAGAAAAAAAACAGUACUGAACUGUGUGAAUUAAGGGAGAGAUUAUUUUUUUGUUGCCCUUUGAAAGACUAUCAAAUGCUGACAUACACACUGUAAAGAUAAGCUUUUAAGUGUGAUGCUUCUUCUCCCGAUAGAGCGACUCAAAAGAUGACUCAAUUACAUAAUUGUUCAUGUGUUCCCCCUUGUGUUGUUCAUUUGACCAAAUCUGCAUGUGCAAUCAAGAUGCCAUCUUUAACAUCGUACACUCUUAGUCGUCUUCUGUUGUCUGUCCAUAUUGGUUUUUUUUGCCAUAUUUUCUUUUCAAUUCAUCGUGUGAUGAAUCCAUCAGAAGGUGACCUCUUUUCAUUCCCAUCAUGGCACCUGGUCUGGAGAUCUGAACAGGCUCAUUAAAAUAGGAUCUCGUGUUUCAAGCUUGACUCAAACCCGGAAAGCAUUUAAAACUAAAGCUUGUCUUAUUUCAACGUAAGUAUGUCAUUUUCUUCCCCCUUACAGCUCUUUCAUUGGUUUGCGAAACACCUGGCACAAAAGCCAUUGUAGGGGAAAAAAAUAAAAAUGGUUGUCCUUUGAUGAUUGUCGGCAAUCCACCUUCUUUAUUCUAUGCUGAUUGGCAAGAUUUGUCUGUUUCUGUGCAAAUACUCAUUCUGUAUCAAAAGUGUGUUGUUAAAUUAAAAGAACGUGUAAACAUU